AUGUCGGCGGUGCAGAUGGGUCCCGUGGACUCCUCAGUCCAGGUUCCUAUGCCAAUAUUGGGCUUUGUCAAAGCUGAACUCGCCAUCAACUGUUUCAUUGUGCUUUUGGUCCUCGCUGUUGUCGGAUUGCGGGUUGUUGGACGACUGGCCGGACCCGGUCUUGGAUGGGACGAUGGUUUUGUCAUCUUCGCAACGCCUCUUGGUGUGGCAAUGCUUUGCUGUCAAGGACUCUUCGCGCCUGCUGGAAACGGAUACUCACUACCAGAAAAUCCCGAACUCAUCGCAAACGUUCCAUUCAUCCUCAAGUUGACAUUCUGCAUGCAAGUCAUCUAUGUCACCCUCCUCGCCGCCGUCAAAGCAAGCAUGCUUUCCUUCUUCAUCCGCGUCUUUCCUACACCUUUCAUGCAAAAGGCUUCCAAGGCCGCUCUCGGCUUUGUUGCCAUGUGGCUUAUUGCCUUCCUCGGAUCCUGCAUCUUCCUGUGUAUCCCAGUUCAGAACCAAUGGGAGUCCCCAUUGCAGUGCCAAGGAGCAUACAUGCCAAUGAUUCAGUCGCUGAUUACUACCAAUGCUGUUGGAGAUUUGAUCAUCAUGGCCCUUCCCAUGCACAGUGUUUGGGGCUUGAAGACAAGACGUGCUGAGAAGAUCGGUAUCACCUCUUGCUUCGCUCUCGGUCUUGCAUGUGUUGUGUGCGCCGUCUUCCGACUGAUCUAUAUCUCUACCGUCGAUCUCAACACCAAUAUUACAGGCACCAUGCCUACUACCGUCUUCCUCUUUAUCCUCGAGCCCAAUCUGGCCAUCCUCUGUGUCAGCAUUCCCAUGCUGCGACCUUUUUACGCCAAAUACAAGAAGCGAAUGGGCGGAUCCCGACUCGACGAAUAUUCCAACUCGAGGAGCACCGGAUUUCGAGACAUGAGCCGAACAGGGGCUAGCAGUGCUGUCGCCCCUGAAGCCGUUCGCGACCCCAACCUAUCAACAUGGGAAAUGGACGACUACCGUCCGCAGGACAAGAUCCAGCACGGAUACAGUGUCUCAGGAUUCCCCGACGAGUCAGGAUCAGAGAAGAACCUGACUGUCGGUUCAUCCGAGGCUCCAAAGGGCGAGAUCAGCGUCGAGACUAAGUGGACGGUGACGCACUCCACCCGCAAAUAG